CCAAUGGUCGCAAAGUCCGCCAAUCACGCGCCUGCCCCACCUCUUGUUUCUCCCCCCCCCCUUCUCAUAAAGAGCCUCCGGCAACCGCACGAACCUCCGGCGCCGCUGUUGGCUCUCUGUCUCCCGAAGGAACAGAGGUGGAGAGGACGUAUCGGGCGAGAGCAGCCCCACUUACACCACCGCCUCGUAUCUUCUUUUAGCGUAGUUUUGGUAGGUGUUGCAUAAAGAAAGAAGAUAUGGCCUUGAAGGUAGCUGUACUACUGAGCUGUGUGCUAGGAAUUGGUACCCUGACCCUGGAGGAUCCUGAGGAUGGAGGCAAGCAUUGGGUUGUCAUUGUGGCUGGUUCCAAUGGUUGGUACAAUUAUAGGCACCAGGCUGAUGCAUGCCAUGCUUACCAAAUUGUGCACCGGAAUGGUAUACCAGAUGAACGAAUCAUUGUCAUGAUGUAUGAUGACAUUGCUUAUAAUGAUGACAAUCCAACCAAAGGCAUUAUUAUUAAUCGACCAAAUGGCACAGAUGUAUACAGAGGAGUAAUAAAGGAUUACACAAAUGAUGAUGUUACGCCAGAGAACUUCCUUGCCGUGCUAAGGGGUGAUGCUGAAGCAGUAAAGAAUAUAGGAUCAGGAAAAGUAUUACGAAGUGGCCCCAAGGAUCAUGUAUUUGUUUACUUCACGGAUCAUGGUGGCCCUGGAAUUCUGGCUUUUCCAAAUGAUGAUCUCAAGGUGCAACACCUGAACAAGACAAUUAGGUAUAUGUACAAUCAUAAAAAAUUCCAAAAGAUGGUUUUUUACAUUGAAGCAUGUGAGUCUGGAUCAAUGAUGGAAAAUUUACCUAAUAAUAUUAAUGGUAAUGCCACAACAGC